AAGUCGGCACUGCUAAUGAACCUUGGCGCACAAGUUUCCCAUCGUUCUCGGCAGAAAGACCCGAGCAAGAAGUUCCGAGAUCUACUGCUGCCGCCUUCUGGGAGCAGAGAUAAGGAGGAGGGCGGCGCAGAAGGGAUGCAAUUCUUUGGAGGGUCGUCGGCGGUGGAGAUCGCCCCAUCCCCGGCGGCGCCGCUGGGGACGGCGACGGGGCUGGCGGGUAACAACGCGAACGUGCUGUACAUCUUCAACCGGAGCGGGGCGUGCCUGCUGUACAGGGAGUGGCACCGCCCGCUUCACACCCUCGACGCCCAGCAGGACGAGAAACUCAUGUUCGGCCUCCUCUUCUCCCUCCGCUCCUUCACCGCCAAGAUGGACCCAACCAGCGUCGACAAAGGAAAUCUUGGGGUGCCUUUGCUCCCGGGACAGGGCUGCUCCUUCCACAGCUUCCGCACCAACACCUACAAGCUUAGCCUACUGGAAUUCCCUUCGGGCAUCAAGGUUAUUUUAAUCACUCAUCCUAAGACUGGCGACAUGCGGGAACCACUGAGAUAUAUUUACAGCAUUUAUGUGGAGUAUGUCAUAAAGAAUCCGCUCUAUGUACCUGGGACUCCAAUCAAAUGUGAGCUCUUCAAUACAAAUCUUGACCAAUAUGUGAAGACUUUGAUAUAGCUUACUGAAUGCUGAGAACUGCUAUCAUCUAGGAAAGAUCCUUUACGGCAACCGGAGAACCACAGCUUAUAUAAGUUUCUGUACGUACCUAUGACUCUGGAUAUCCUGAAAGCCUGGACGUGGAGAGGCUUUCAUUCUUGGCUGCACAUAUUGUACCUGAUAAUAUCCAGAUGUGCUUCACUCUAAUAUCUUUCUUGUUGCUUGGCUUCUGAAUGCUAUAUUCAGGAGUUUGAGCUCGUAAUUUGCUCUAAUUGUGCAAAGUGUAGCAUGUUUAGAUAGAGUAAAAGCCAUUGGCUUGUCCGAGAUGGAAGAAUUUGGAUAGAUGACUUAUCUGAGUGUUUUGUUUUAUUUUAUUCUAUUUUAUUUUUAUUGAAUAAGACAGGACCAAUUCUUAGUUCUUCAUACCUUUAUGUUGGAAUUCUUCUUCUUGUUUUUUUUUUUUUUUGGAUACCAUUCCGUUAUGUUUGAGUUGUUACAGAAAACUAUUAUGUUAAUUUGUUGUUUAUAGAUUUUUUUGGUCA